GACUCAGUGUACCUGCGCUGGGCUCAUCACCUGUACGGAGUGCAUGUCAGUAUACCCGGCGCUGGGCUCAUCAUCUGGCAGCUGUGUGCUGGGAUCAUAGCGCUGCAUUGGGCCGCCUGUACCCACCUUCUACCAGGGCAACCCUCAGCUUGCCCUAUGUUCGUUCCUUUAACCAUCAUUGCAGACCACAUUGACCAUCACUAGCAACAUAUCUCGUCACUCCAACGAGAUGACGAUGAAGAGGACUAAGCUGUAUUUCACAAGGGCCCUGCACCGCUUGCAAAAGGGCCCCGGUUACACCUACAAGGAGCUGCUGGUCUGGUUUUGCAACAAUACUAAUACUCAUGGGCCAAAGCGUGUGGUUUCUGAAGGACCAAAGAAGAGGGUCAUGUGGUUCAUAUUGACUCUGAUUUUUGCAGCCCUCGUAUUCUGGCAGUGGGGGGUUGUCAUUCAAACAUACCUGUCCUAUGGAGUCAGUGUGUCUCUCUCUAUUGGCUUCAACACCAUGGUGUUCCCUGCUGUAACUGUCUGCAAUGUCAACCCCUUUAAGUAUUCACGUGUUAAGCAUCUCCUACAUGAUUUGGAUGAACUGGUUGACACUGCAUUGGAUCGAAUCCAGUUUUCAAGUCAGCACGACUCUGGAAUACCAACUCCCAACAACACAAACCAGAAUGUGACCCUUGACCCUAGUCUGUGGAACUACAUGCCUCUAGUUGUCAUUGAUGAACAUGAUCCCAACAACCCAAUUGUCUACAACAUCUUUGACAGCAGCACAGAUUAUACCCAGAUCCAUAAUGCCACCAAAGGCAACCAGACAUUCUAUGCAGAGAGAUACAAAGUAGCCAUAGAACUGUGCACCAACAAUGGGACGCAGUGCAGCUAUCGCAAUUUUACAAGCGGUGUUCAAGCUAUUAAAGAUUGGUACCUACUUCAGUUUUCCAGCAUAUUUUCCCAAAUACCAGAAGAUGAAAAGGUUAAAAUGGGGUACCAGGCAGAGGAAAUGAUUCUCACCUGCAUGUUUGGAGGACAACCAUGUAGUUACAGGAAUUUCACCCAUAUUUUCCACCAAGAUUAUGGGAAUUGUUACAUCUUUAACUGGGGCCAAGAAGGUCAAGAGCUGUUAGAAUCUGCUAACCCGGGAGCUGAUUUUGGGCUAAAGAUGGUUCUUGACAUUGACCAGAAGGAGUAUAUCCCCUACCUUCAGAGCACAGCCGCUGCCAGAAUUAUUCUUCACCAGCAGAGAAGCUUCCCAUUUUUGAAGGAUCUGGGGAUUUAUGCCAUGCCCGGAACGGAGACCUCUAUAGCCGUCCUCGAGGAUCAAACACAACAUUUAGAGGCACCAUAUUCCUCAUGUACAGUAGAUGGUUCGGAUAUUCCAGUGACAAAUAUUUAUUCAAAAUUCAACAGUUCCUACUCAAUCCAGUCUUGCUUACGAUCCUGUUUCCAAGAAAUUAUGGUUAAGUUCUGCAAGUGUGCCUAUUACCUAUUUCCACUACUAGAUGGUGCUCAUUACUGUAAUAACCAGAAAGAUCCUGACUGGGUGCCAUGCUAUUAUAACAUAUGGGACACUGUAUCAUACAGAGAACAAUGUAUCAACACGUGUCAGCAACCCUGCAAUGACAGUAAUUACAAAAUGACCAUCUCCAUGGCUGACUGGCCAUCCGCAGCAGCAGAGGACUGGAUUUUUCAUGUCCUCUCAUAUGAAAAGGACUCCAGCACGGACAUCACUGUAAAUAGGGACGGCAUCAUGAGGCUGAAUAUCUACUUUGAAGAAUUUAACUACCGAAGUAUUUCAGAGUCACCAACCACCAAUGUAGUGUGGCUGCUGUCAAACCUGGGAGGUCAGUUUGGAUUCUGGAUGGGGGGCUCAGUCUUGUGCAUCAUUGAGUUUGGUGAGAUCAUCAUAGACUGCAUUUGGAUCACUAUCCUCAAGAUCCUAGCUUGGAACAGAGACAGAAGGCAAAAGAAGCGACGUCCACAGUAUAAUGAUCCACCACCAACCGUGGCUGAGCUGGUAGAGGCCUAUUCUAAUCCUGGUUUCCAGCAUGAAGAUUCAAAUCCAGUUACCAUGCCAAUACCUGGCACUCCACCUCCAAACUACGACUCUCUACGCUUGCAGCAGAUAGAUGCAAUUGAUGUCAUAUCCAGUGAUGAUGAAUCAUAAGGUUAUAAUUAUAUAAUGACUACUAACGCACAGUGUUAAUCUUUUAAUUAUCAACUAGUCAAUAUUUUCAAUGAAUCUACUAUUAUAAUAAUGUAUAAGAAUAAAUUAUAAUUACUGAGUAAUAGUUACAUGGCUUGACCACAAGAAGCACGUGUUUAGUGCUGAAGAAGUUUGACCAAAGAGACUACAUGUGUACUUUUUCAGUACCUUUUUAAUCUGGUCCAGUAGAGGGAUAUACUGUACAUAACCAGGCA